AUGAGGAAUCCAACACUUCGAACAAACACGUCCACCCCAACAGUUCUUACACCGCUACAUUACUCUUCCAUCCCCUUCAACCGAAGAAAAUUACAAAACUCCCCUAGCUUCAUAAUGAGGAUCUUUUCCCUCAACUGGUUAAAGGCCACGUUUGAAAUUACUGCCCUACAUAGAUUAGAAAUCGCCGUUUACAGUCGCACCAUUAGUGCUACAUGUUUACCAAGGCGUAUAGAUACUGUGAAGCGUUUGCGGUAUAAUGGCUACUCCGACGGCAUCACCGUCCCCAGCACCAAGGCCCAGGCUGCUUCUGUCCAAAGGACGUACAAGAAUGGAGGUCUAGACCCUGAGAACAAUAUCUAUGACUACAUCUAG